GAUUCUUCUUUUUCUUCUUUAUAAAUUUAUUUUCUUCUUUUCUUGAAUGCUUCCUUUGAUUGUUUGUCCUGCAACCUGUGAAUUAUGUGGAAACUGGCUUCCAGAACACAAGGAUUCAUGUCCUCGUGAUGGUGUUCACCCUUCUCAAUGGUCAUUUGCCUCAAUAGACGAUGACUUUUUAAUAGCUGAUAAUGACGAUGAUAAUGAAUUUGCUGGACAAUUACUAUCACAAUAAAUCCCAUGAAAAAAAAAAAAAAAUAAUAUAUAUAUAAUUCCUACAACCUUUUUCCCCCCCUUCCCCAAUAUACCUUUAAAAUGUCAAGUACUGAUGUCAUAACACAAAUAAACAACAUUCCUUUACUACUCUA